AUGCAUGAAGGAGGAACCCAUAUACACUUCUUGGAGAAAGAAGGGGAAAAUAAAACCUAUAUCACAGAAUUCAUCCUUCUGGGAUUUGGAAAUCUCCCUGAACUGCAGACCCCCUUCUUCGUGCUGUUUCUAGUGAUCUACCUUCUGACCAUGGCCGGGAACAUCCUUAUCCUUGUGCUAAUUGUGGCUGAUCAGCACCUGCAUACCCCCAUGUACUUCUUCCUGGGAAACCUGUCCUGCUUUGAGACCUUCUACACCUCCACGAUCCUGCCCAGGAUGCUGGCCAGUCUCCUGACUGGGGACAGAACCAUAUCUGUGGGGGGCUGCAUCACUCAGCUGUAUUUCUUUGGUUUUCUUGUGGCAGUUGAAUGUUUUCUUUUAUCCAUUAUGUCCUAUGAUCGGUAUUUAGCAAUUUGCAAACCCCUGCAUUAUGCAUCCCUUAUGAACAGCAAAUUCUGCAUCAAGCUAGUAGUUGGGUCUUGGAUAGGUGGAUUCACAUCUAUUGCCAUCUUAAUAUUUAUGAUGUCCCAAUUAACAUUCUGUGGCCCCAAUGAAAUUGACCAUUUCCUUUGUGAUUUCACCCCAGUGAUUAAACUUUCCUGCAGUGACACCACCCUGAUCAUACUAGUGACCUUCAUAAUUACUGCCAUAUUCACCCUGCCCCUAUUUCUAUUAACCUUGGCAUCCUAUGUUUCCAUCAUCUCCACCAUCCUGAGUAUCCCUUCCACCAGUGGGUGGAGGAAAGCAUUUUCCACGUGUUCCUCUCACCUCACUGUGGUUACAAUCUAUUAUGGGACUUUAAUCAUUGUCUACAUGUCACCGGAUACUGACUCACUGCGAGACCUCAACAAAGUCUUCUCCCUCUGCUACACUGUCCUGACUCCCAUGGCCAAUCCCCUUAUAUACAGCCUGAGAAACAAAGAGGUCAAGAAGGCCUUGAAAAAAGUCACCAGUAAAUGUCUAGUGCUCACAGGAACUCAGAAGGAGUGA